GUUCCCCUUUCACUCUCACUACAAAACCACUUGAAGCUUCAGUCACAGACUGUGUACGUGCCUGUGCUCCGCCAAGGCACUGACUGGGGGAGGGAGAAUGUCGGCUCUUAUGUUAACGUUUGCCAUCCUCUCAGCUGGUGAGAUGGUUCUGGCCUUCAACAUUGAGCCUGUUACCUGGAAGUACAUGACCCAACCAGGCGAGGGCUUUGGCUACAAAGUCAUCCAACAUGAUGCAACAAGUCUGCUGGUCAGUGCUCCAGUCGAGGAGGUCAGUGCAAAUAGGAGAGGAAGAGUGUAUAACUGUCGGGUCUCGUCCUGUCCAGCUCCUCCAGCGAAAUGCUCCUGUACACCUCUCAACAUUGAUGGCAACACGCAACAUGGAGUCAACAUGUCUCUUGGGCUUUGGAUGAACAAAGAGGAGAAAACAUCAAGGAUGCCUAACCCUAAGGCUGUAGUUUGUGGCCCUACCAUCCCCAAAGAGUGUGAACGCCUCAAUCUGUAUGGAGGGAUGUGUUUCAGCAUCAGCCAGAGCCUGACAUUUAGUGGCCCUGUACCCCCAACUCUAAGAGACUGUCCAGUGGACACUGGAUUGGACAUUGCUUUUCUCUUGGAUGGCUCAGGAAGUGUGUAUUCUGAUGACUUCAGGAAAAUGAAAGAAUUUGUGAUGAAUCUCAUCGAUAAAUUUAUAAACAAAAACACUCAGUUUGCUGUUGCACAAUAUUCUGUGCAAUGUAAGAUUGCGAUAAACUUCAAACAGUUCAAUCAGUACAAAAGCUGGAAGACAUGGAAAAGAGAAGUGGGAAGGAUAUCUCAGGAUGGAUAUAAGACAUACACAGCAGAAGCAAUAAAUAAGCUCAUGAGAGAGUUGUUCGUACAAAGUGCAGGAAACAGGCCGAAAGCCAAGAGGGUGUUGCUGGUCAUUACAGAUGGAGCUUCAAAUGGACACGAAAGUCUACAGGGUGCCACAAAUAAGGCCCAUAGGAGUAACAUUAUAUGCUAUGCUAUUGGGGUUGGAGGUUACAAGAAAUCUGAGCUGGACAUGAUAGCCUCGGAGCCUAAAGCAAAGCAUGUUUUUACGGUGUCAGAUUUCAAUGCACUGGAUGGACUGAAAGCAACAUUAGAGGAAAACAUUGUUGCCAUUGAAGGGACUCAAACGUCUGGGGACUCCACUCAUAUGGAGUUUGCACAGGAAGGAUUCAGUGCUGCGCUGGUUAUGGACCCAAAGGAGACGUAUCUGAUGAGCGCAGUGGGGGCAUUCCAGUGGAAGGGGAUCUACCAGGAAUAUUAUGCCAGUGGGCAGAACCCCGUGUCUCAGAAGAUUGACCAAAUGGAACCAGAAAGUUAUAUGGGUUACUCCAUGGCUGUCGCAACAGGGCAUGGAAACAGAUAUGUCGUCCUGGGAGCCCCACGAUAUAAACACAGAGGACAAGUGGUUGUCCAUCACAAAUAUAGAACACAGACGAUGGAGAGUGAACAGAUUGGUUCCUACUUUGGAGCAGAGGUGUGUGUGGUGGAUUUGGACGGAGACUCCAACACUGAUCUGAUUCUGGCAUCUGCCCCAAUGCACACAGAGGGAGAGAGAGAGGGGAAAGUGUUUGUCUACAGAUUAUCAUAUCAGUACGAGUACAACACAUUCUACAUGUUCGACAGCGUGCAAGUCACCGGCGUGUCCCUGCUGGGGCUGGAGGGUCAGAGGGGGAGGUUCGGCUCGUCUCUGGCCAGCCUGGCUGACCUGAACGGGGAUGGCAUCAGGGACGUGGCCGUGGGAGCUCCUCUGGAGGAUAACGGACAGGGCAGUGUGUACAUCUUCAACGGGGGGAUAGGAGGAAUCAACCCCACCUACUCACAGAGGAUAGCGGGUUUGUCGGUGCGGUCCGGACUGCGGUUCUUUGGGCUGACCGUGGCCCAGUCUGCUUUGGACCAGAGUGGAGACGGACUGCCUGACAUCGCAGUCGGGUCCAAAGGAGCGGUUCUGCUGCUCAGGUCAAGGCCCAUCGUGUCUAUAGCCACAAGUGUUACAUUUAAACCAUCCAAAAUCCCCAAGUCCAUUUACGACUGUAUGAGUCCUCAACUGAAUGAAGCCACCGUGUGCUUCCACAUGACUAAGGUCACUAAGGAUAGCUUGACAGGACUGAAGGCAAAACUCAACUACACACUGAGCCUAGAUUUUGUCCGUCAAAAUGUCCGUGCCCUCUUCACAGGAAAAGACAGGAGGGAAAACAAAGAGGUCACAGUGUCUCUGCAAACAUGUUUUGAACACUCUUUCUUUGUACAGUGCUCCCCAGAGGAUGUUGUGAAUCCUGUGGACGUCCGGGUAGCCUUCUCCUUCGAGGGGCUUCCUAUCCCGUCUGCAGAGCAACUGACACCAAAACUGUCCAGCAGUUCCCCCAUUACCAAAGAUGAGAAGUUAAACUUUGAAAUUGACUGUGGAGAGGACAACAAGUGUAUUGAUGAAAUCCAUAUCAACUUCAACUUCUCUGGAUCCAUUAUCGAGGUGGGCAUUGCACAGGAGAUAAGUGUGGCAGUGAGUGUGGAGAAUAGACGAGAGAACUCCUACGACACCCGUGUGUUUCUUUCAUACCCUCCUGGUCUCUCCUACAGGACCUUCACCAAGAGCCAGGGCAGGGUGGAGUGCACUUCUCUAGACAGUACAGAUGGAGUCACCCUGGGAAAGACGGACUGCAGCAUCAACAGACCCAUCUUGCGGGCCGGACACAAGGCUGAUUUUGUUGUUCAGUAUGGAAUUGGUGAAAGCAGCCAUUUUGGUGACAGAGUCACCAUGCGGGCCCUGGCUUCAAGUGACAACGAUGAACAUCAUUCCAGUAGCCAGUUGUCCAAAAGUCUGGACAUUGGGGUCAAAUACAGCAUUUAUGUAACUCUGAACAGUUUUAAAGGUACCACGAACUACAUUAAUUUCACUGCAGGAGAUAAUCGCUUGCAAAAACCAGUGAUACAAGAAUUAGAGGUGACAAACCAAAUCAGAGGACUCAAUCUUACUGUUGUAGUUCAUGUUCCAGUAAGACUCCAAGGCAAAGAUAUCUGGACCAAUGUGGACAGUUUGCAAAUCCAGGGAUGCUCUAGAGGGCGUGAGAGGAAUCCGAACAUCAUAGACCUGAAGCAGACCUUCAAGGACAACAAGGAGCCUGAUGUGAACUGCUCCAUUGCCGUGUGUCUGGAGUUCAGGUGUAACUCCUACAUGAUGAGAGACGACCAAAGACACUACAGCAUCUCAGGGAACGUGAGCUCCGAAUGGAUCGAACAGACUGGCCUGCGUUCUGCUUUGUUUCACUUGGUCAGCUUAGCUACACUGGAGUACGAUGACAGCAAGUACAUCUUCUACUCAACAGACUCUUCCCACCAGGCACCAGUCUCCAAGAUUGAGACUCUUGUGGAGGUCUAUGACAAGCCAGACCUAACUAAGGAGAUCAUUGGUGGAGUGGUGGGUGGCCUCAUCCUAUUGGCUCUCAUGACUGCUGGCCUCACCAAGUCGGGCUUCUUCAAGAGUCAGUACCAGCAGAAACUAGAGGAAGCACAAGGAGAAGAGGCAUCACCGCAAGAAGCAGCAGAAUAACAGUCUCUCGCGAGUUUGACAGCGUAUUUUGCAGACAGUGUAUGCUCGCUGUGACCAGAGCAAAGCCAGAUACACAAAGUGAGGCCGAAGUUAAUUAAUAAAAGAUGGAUAGAUAGAUCAGAAUUUAACACUGGUUGCAUGUGAUUGGUUUAUUCACUUCCACUUCAUCGGAGAGGUCUCACCCAUUUCAGAGUCUCUGCCUUGACAUAGCUUCCUGCUACCUACUGUAUAUUGCCCCGGCUCGGGCCCUGUGUGUGUGCAUAUGUGUGUGUGUGUGUGACUGUGUUCAAAAAAUGAUGGUGCAAAAUAUGUAUACCGGUAUAUAUAUAAAAAUAAUCAUGCUUAAUCAAUUUGUUUGUAAGAGAAUGAAUAAUUACUUAUACGUCUCAGUUGUUUGCUUCUUCAAGGCCGCUUCCCAAACUCUCAACACCACCCACAGGUGAAAUAAACAAUUACAGGGUCACCAGGUUCCAUGACUGAUCAGCCUGCGUUCUAACAGGGAAGCUACAACGGGUGCUAACUUUAGCGUCCUGUAUGCGACGCGUAAAAACCAUUUCAGAAGACUGGUCUAUUUUUUUCAAAUGUACGCACCGCUAUCUAGUCUGGUGUAGCUACUUACAUUAAUUAUAGUGGAAGCUAAUUGUUGCAGCAGACGCAACGCGAACGGAGCACUUCAGUUACGCACCUGAUGUAGCUUCCCUGUAAAGGAUUUUUGCAUACAUUUCUCAUGUUCCUGCAACCCACCAGCACCUGGCAACCUGAAUUAGCAGUGCACAGGGGUUCUUUUACCUGGUAAUCUGAAGUAGCAGUGCACAGGGAUUCUUUUACCUGGUAAUCUGAAGUAGCAGUGCACAGGGAUUGUUUUACCUGGUAAUCUGAAGUAGCAGUGCACAGGGAUUCUUUUACCUGGUAAUCUGAAGUACCAGUGCACAGGGAUUCUUUUUAUUAAAUAUACAGGGGUUUUAUUAAAUAUACAGGGGUUUUAUUAAAUACACAGGGGUUUUAUUAAAUAUACAGGGGUUUUAUUAAAUAUACAGGGGUUUUUGAAGGGGUGUAGCACAGAGAAAAUGAUGAACAUGAAAACUAUAAUGAGUGAAAUAAGUGUUUGUGGGGCG